AAUAUGGCCAGCACUAAACAGAAUGCGCAGGUUGGAGGUUCAAUCCAAAAACCAAUUCUCCGAUCCUCUCCAAGGCACAAGAAACCUGAAGGUCUUUCAGACCGUAAUGAACUGCAAUGUCAUAGUUCCCCAAAACCCAAGCUCCGAAAAUCUCCCAGGCUUAAAAGAAAAUAUCGGCCGAGCACUUUGACAGUGGUGCAGGCAUUGAGUGGCUCAAGGUCAAAGAAUGUGCAAAGCCAUUCUACUCCCUUGCCCGUCACCCCAAAGCCAAAGCCUAUAUCUGACAAUGUACAAAAACAGAUCAAGCAGAAGAGAAAGCGGGAAGAAUUCGAAAGUGAAAGUGUCGCCAAGCCUUCUGGGGGUGGGUUGAAACUCCGAAAACGUGGAUGUGUUUCAAUGCACCGCGUUGUGAAACGUAAGAUAAAUGGACAGAAACCAACGGUUUUGUUUAAUGAUAAGGGACAACCGUAUGGCGUGGCUGCUGCAGAGAUGCAAUCUUAUAUUGGAGUAUUGGCAAGGACAAAAGCUCCAAUAUGGUUUGACAUUUGGAGGCAAGUUCCGGUAACCAUCAAGAACAAGAUUUGGAAAUCUGUCACGGUAAAUAUAACCAUACUAACACUUGACUAGUGCUUACAAAAUAAAUAACUUGAUCAUUA